UGACUUCUUGUUUACGAUUGUGAACAUGGCGAUCCCAGCCGAAGUUGCUUUCGCAGGAUGGAUCCCUUUCACGAUAGCUUUGGGGCUGUGCGUGACCUUGAGCGGGCUGUACGUGCACCACCUGUCACACAAGCGGGAGCGCGACCUCCUAGCGUCGGUGGCCGGGGUGCUCGCCCUCGCUGCGUCGCUGCUCUCCUCUGCGCUGCUGCCAGUGGACGUGUUCCUUGUGUCCUUCAUGAAGGACGCACAGGGAAACUUCAAGGACUGGGCAGUGAAUGGCACCGCUCGGGAGUCCAUUGAGACCACGGUGCUGACUGCCUACUACGUGCUGUACGGGCUGCUGUUGGUCUUGGGCUUCCUUGUGCUGCCCUUUGCCUACUUCUUCUCGGAAGAGAAAGAUGACGUUCUGGAGAGCAGCGCCGGCACGCGUGCCUGCACCGCCUUCAAGUAUACCAGCAUCUUUCUCCUGGUGGCCACCGUGCUGCUCACCCUUGGGGCGGUGAUCCCGAUGCACACAACGCCACCCCAAAACAGCACGGAAUGGGAAAAGAUAGAAUUCCUGGUUCACGAGCUGUCUGCAAACAGAGGAGAAGAUGCCCUGAGCUUCAUCGUGUCUUUGCUCACGCUGGUUGGCAUGUUCGUGAUGAUCUUCUACACGGGCUGUGGGCUCGCCGCACUGCCAGUGGGGCUGAUUGCGGGCAGUCUGAGCACGUCGCAGGAGCGAAGCAGCGUGGCGGACCAGUUGGUUUCUUUGGAUGCGCAGAUCGACACUCUACGGAACAAGCUGCGUGGCAGCGUGGGCGGCGGCCGCCAAUCAACUGACGCCGAGCGGCUGCUCACACUGGAGGAGGAGCGACGUUCGCUGGACGAGCGCCAGCGCCGUCUGGAGCACCGGCAGGGUACUGUGGCGUACCGUCUGCGCUGCCUGCUCCGGCCGGUCCAGAUAACCGUCGGUUGUGGAGGCAUGCUGCUCGGAUUGCUCAUCUGGCUCUCUCUACUCCUGGUCAGCAUUGACAAGGCUCUGCAUUCUCUGGGCUACAAGAUGGGAUACCUCCUGCCCAAAGCAUCCUUACCCAACCCACUGGAUAUGGCUCUUGUUCAGAGCCAGAAGGUGUUUCCCAUCGACUAUGUCCUCUACUUUGGAGUGGUCCUGUACCUUGUGAUGUGCACCGUGUAUGGCAUCCGGAAAAUGGGCAUCUGGUUUCUCUUUCUCAAAAUGUACCGCAUCCGUCCCGGCAGGACCAGGCCACAGGGGAUCCUGCUGCUCUGCCUCAGCCUCAUGUUUGCGGUGCUGGCUCUAAACGUGCUGCUGUACAGCGUCUGUCCGCAGUACACCACCUUCGGCAGCCAGCACUACCUCUCACAGGACCAGAACAGCACAGCAGCCCCAAGCCCUAUACCGUGCACCAUCGACGCUCCUCCGGCGGAUUGCGUCAUGACCCGGGCAAGCGCACUGCUGCUGCGGUUCUUCUACAAGGCCUGGGUGUUCGGCGCCUGCUACUUCUGGGCUACCGUGCUCCUCUGCGCGAGCUACGUGGUGGCAUUCGUGGUGGUGAUUGCGCGCGGCCGACAGUCGGCCGUGGAGGUGAACACCGACGACCUCGACGGCAGCGACGACGAGGACCUCCUCCGCGCCUGAUUUGUGCUGCAGUCAAUCUGGUGGGGGUUUAUCAUGGAUCCUCGAAUUUCUGGAGAUUGCAACAGUGCCUGAGACGCAUCUCCGACGGGUGUAUUUACCGCGUCCUAGAAAGUGGUCCCUCUAUUUCCGCCCGACAACGUAAAAGUGUCGCGUCGUCGCCGGAUGUGCGAUCCUGGUGGUAUCACAGCAGCAGCAGUGUUGGAUAUGGCAGACGUCCGUUCUGCCGAUGGUCGUUCUCCAGCUUGACAGUCCACAGAGUCCUCGGCAGCCAAGAGUUGGGACUCUGCGACGACAGCAAUGCUCGCAUGCUAAUUUUUGUCGGGACUCGUAGCACCGAGCGCCAGGAUCGCGACAUUGGACAACGUGCCACGCCGGCUUUUGUGACGUCAUUUGUUGCCGUUUGGGGGACCACUUUUGAUGUGUGGGCAAGAAGACGAGUUCCAGGCACCUUAAUGCACGUGUGGAGAGCGAGUGCAGAAAGAAGCUCGAGCUUAGUUUAGCUUAUUUGUGCGUAGAAAAGACCCAAACAAUGUCGAAGUAUAGCGUAUGUUUAUGGUUUGCUAUGUCUGUCAUUGGGCGGGGCGUCGACAGCGUUUGAGCCCGUUUAUUUGUGCCGGGUCCGAUGGAGGAAACGAAACCCGAUUUUUCGGCCCACGUAUAUAAACUAGGCAUCACUCAGAGCUGGAACUCAAGGAGAUUAUGAUAGAAUGAUAAAGCUUGGGAACACGACGUUACCUAGGUAAAAGGAUACGAGUGAAAAGCAAAAUUUCUGUCAGCUGAUGUCCAUCUAAGCCUAAUAUAUUGAUUAAAUCAAAAUAUGACAUUUUGUAUGCCUGUACUCAAGCUUCCUUAUUAUACCACCACUGCUAGCGUCAGAUUCUCACCGAGUUUCAGCUUUCUGCAGUAUGUAAUUUACUAAUGCGAGCUGAAAAACCGGGUUUCAUUUUCUCAGUCGAACCAGUAGUUUGUUCCCUAGCAUCGCUCGGUGCUCCGUGUUCUUCAAAACAUAUUCAGCUGCCUAUGUGCCACCAUCUCUAAGGGUUAAGGAUUUCGGAGAGUGAUCUCUAAUCUAUUAAUAGGCGGUGCCAAAGAAGGUAAGGUCUGUCGAGGCCAGAGCUCUACGUAGCUGUUGCAUUCUGACGUACAGUAGCAGUGCUCCAUCCACUUCCAACGCCCUCAAAGCAAGAACUUGAUGGGUGCCACUUUUGGUUCGGAAAGUGAGGCUGUUACCGGAAGUAAUGAAAAGUAGGAUUGGUGACGUGGUUUGAGUGUGGCAUUGUGGGACAUUGAUUUUCUUUAUUUAAAUGCCUUUUUGUAUACUAUACUCUGUUGCAGGUUACAAGUGGAAAGGGUGGGGGAAUUGUGGGAGUAGCUUGUCCUGCUUCUCUUAACCUGCAACAGAGUAUAGUCUUUGUGUACUAUGCAUGUUUGGGUAUGGUGCUGAGAGGUAUGCAAAAAGGGAUGCAAGUCCUUAUCCCCGGACCUGUGCACUUAUUCUAGAAUACCGUGGCUGCCUGCUCGGAGGCUGGAGGUGUAUGUUUGCAAAUUAUGUAUAAAAUUGUUUUUGGAGCCUUAUACGUUGCUUCAAAUAGUUAGUGCUGUUUAAAAUUUCCGAGAAAUCCUUUACCUGGGACAGUAGCAGAGCUGUUGUUUACGAAGCGGUAUUCGGUUAUUUGAUGUUUGAGCUCUGCAAGGCAUGCAUUUUAUUGCUUUUCUAUAGUCGGUGAAAGGUUGAGAGUUCAGGGGAAUCUUUUCCCACCUCUUUCUUUGUUAACGGAGCAUACGCUGGAGAGGAGGUUGCCUCCACUCCGGCGUUCGCUCUGCAAAAGUGGAAAGAAGCGGAUGGGGUUUCACUCGAACUCCUAACCUUUCACCGACUAUAGUUGGCAGCCCCCUGGCGGUACCCCAAUGUUGCCAACAUAUAUAAUAGUUGGACACCUUUCGAGUUAUGGGAAGCCUCAUCACCCGGCUGGAGUCUUUGUUGUGCACUAUAGCUUCCUAGCUAUGCAACAGUAUUGACAACUCGUGGCGUGAUGUCGAGCAAACAACUUAAAAUUGUGUACAUGGGCAAGUGUAACGGGGUAAUAUAUUAAGAGUUUUUUUAAUUCUCUAGUCUUUUUUGUUUCUUGUGCUAGGCACGCUGCCAUCAAGCUACUUUGUUUAGUUAUAUGGUUGGAUCGUUACAAGAUUCUCAUGCCCUGGACUUUGUAAUUUGUCUUUUCUGGAACAUCAAAUAAAUAACCCUUGUUGCAUGCAA